AGCCGUCGUGGCUUCUGACUUGCAGUCUCCAGCUCCCAAGCCGCCGAGUUCCAUCAUGGCCCUGGUGCCAGGCAGCAUCCCGGAGCAGCGGCCUUUGCAUGGCCACGACUUCCCGCUGGUGCUGACGCCGGCGACCGGCGCCACGGCCUGCGAGCAGGGCCUCGCCGCCUGGUGCGGCCGCCGCAGUAAAGAGCUGCGCCGCCUGCUGUUGCAGCACGGGGCCGUGCUCUUCCGCAACUGUGGCGUGUCCUCAGCUCAGGACUUUGCUGAGGUCACACGGGCCAUGGGCUGUGAAGGCUAUGACUACGUGGGUGGUGCAGCGCCGCGUACGGAGGUAGUGAAAGGCGUGGUCUUUACCUCCAACGAGUCUCCUCCGGACCAGCCCAUCCCCUUCCACCACGAGCUGGCGCAGUCCCCAACUCCGCCGAGCUACAUCCUCUUCUGCUGCGACGUCGAGUGCCGGCAAGGGGGCGCCACUCCCAUCAUCCCAUCGGACGAGGUGGCGGACUUCUUCAUGCAGAGCUUCCCGGACUUCGCGGCGGAGGUGCAGGCCAAGGGUGUGCGCUACAUCCGCACCAUGCCGGAGGUCACCGACCCUAGCUCUGCCCAGGGCCGGUCCUGGGCGGAGACCUAUGCGGUGACCACCCGCGAGGAGGCCGAGGAGGCGAUGCGGAAGCAGGGCACCAGCUGGGAGUGGCUGCCCAACGGGGACUGCCGCACCACGACCUCGGUCCUGCCUGCGCUGCGUGUGGAUGAGCGGACCGGCCGCCAUGUCUUCUUCAACUCCAUGGUCGCAGCUUUCACUGGGUGGAACGAUGCCAGGAACGUGGGGGAGAAGGCGGUGGUACUGGGGGACUUCACGCCGGUGGACAAGAAGGCGCUGAACGCCGUCGCGCGGUUUAUGCUGGAGAAAGAGGUGGCCUUCGCGUGGAAGAAGGGGGACAUCCUCAUAGUUGACAACACCAGGGUGCUCCACAGCCGGCAGAGCUUUGAGCCGCCCCGGCGGGUGCUGGCGGCUUUGCGGGGCCCAGCCUUGUGCGACCAGCGCCUGCGCGCAGGUAUCAUCGGCACUGGCGCAAUGGGGAAGGAGCACAUCCGGAACAUCGCUCUGUUGGAGAAGGAGUUGCAUGUCACCGCUGUGGCAGACACCAGUGAGGUGGCCCUGAAGGAAGCUCUCGAGGAGCUUGGCCCCAACGCACCUCGCGUGGCCAUCUUCCACACCGAUGAGGAUCUGGUCAAUUGCGACUUUGUGGACGUGCUCAUCAUCUGCACUCCGAACUUCCAGCACAUCCAAACCCUGAGAAAGGCCAUUGCCUCCGGGAAGCACAUCCUCUGCGAGAAGCCGCUGUGCACCACCGUGGAGGACUGCGAAGAGGUUGAGCGUCUGCUGACCGAGCGUGACCUUCGGAGCACAUCUCCCGGCAUCUUCAUGACUGGCAUGGAGUACCGGUACAUGCCGCCCAUCGCGCGGCUGAUUGAAGAGACCGACCUCAGGAGGCUUGGCGAACCCCGGGUUCUUUCCGUCCGGGAGCAUCGCUUCCCAUUCCUGGUGAAGGUGGACAACUGGAACCGCUUCAACGAGCACACCGGCGGCACACUCGUGGAGAAGGCGUGUCACUUCUUCGACCUCAUGCGGCGCAUCCUCCAAAGUGAGCCCGUGUCGAUCUACGCCUCCGGCGAUCAGGCCAUGAACCACAAAGAUGAGGUCUAUGAGAAGGGCGUGCCAGACAUCAUUGAUCAUGCCCUGGUGGUGGUGGAGUUUGCGAGCGGAGCGCGGGCAUCGCUGGACCUGUGCAUGUUUGCCGAAGACGAGCAGACGGAGCAGGUGCGGCUGGUCUGCCAGCGCGGCAGCGUGGAGGCGAAGAGCCCCGAGUCCACCGUGCGGCUGGUGCAGCGCCGGAAGACCCGCCUGGGCCGGGCGCCGCCCAGCAAGGAGGAGCGCGCGGUCCCCGAGGUGAUUAGCAUCCCAGUGCCGCAAGACUUGGCGGAAGCGGGGUACCACGAGGGCGCCACCUUCUACGAGCUCAGCGCCUUCUUGGACGCGAUCCGAUCGAAGCAGCCCGCCCCUGUGUCUGCUCGAGACGGCAAGAUGGCAGUGCUGAUGGGCGUGGCGGCGCAGAGGUCCAUUGCCCUGGGGCAGCCCGUGCGCAUCGCUGGAGGCCGCAUCCUCGACGCGGCGGAUGCCGAUGCGGCGAGCGCUGCGGCGAGCACUCCGGCGAACACGUCGGCGCCGCGGCAGGCCUUCUCCAGGUUGUGAGCGGGCGCCCGCAUCUGCGGUUUCAGAAGAACUUCUUGAUACCAGCGGCAUGCUGCCAACUGCAUGAUGCAUGCUGGCUUGCAGGAGCUGAGAAGCUCCUCAAGCCAGGCUCAUUGCUUGAAGUGGUGCAGUUUGGAGUUUCUCUGGGCACAGGUCCGGUGUUUCUUUUGCUUGGCGCAAUACGGUGCAUGCAGCGCCCCUACCCCUGGCUCCGCCUCCUUUUCGGGCGACCUCGGCUCGUUUUUUGCCCCCGUCUUGGCUCGCUCCUUCGGAUGACCCACCUGGCCGAUUUCAAGGCUUCAAGAGGUGGCGACAUGGACCGAUGCAUGCCGAGGCUUGCGGCCCUUUUAAGAGACGCUUUUGCGCUUCUGCAGGAUAGGGGUAUUGGGGUAUUGGGGGUCUGUGCUAUU